GGUCCUGCCCCUUCUGGCUCCCGGGCUAGAAAAGAGAGUCGAUGCCGGGCAGCAGUGAUGAGUCCUGGGAGGCACUGGCUGCUUAGAGGUUCUGAGGAGAGGCGGCUGCUGGUGGCCUUUUUGCAGAUAUAUUGCUGUCACUGAACACUGGCCUAUUUGAAAGCACUAAGGAAGCUCCGCUGUCAGGAUGUCUAAGUAUAAACUGAUUAUGUUAAGGCACGGAGAGGGUGCUUGGAAUAAAGAGAAUCGUUUCUGUAGCUGGGUGGAUCAGAAACUCAACAAUGAUGGAUUGGAGGAAGCUCGGAACUGUGGGAAGCAACUCAAAGCGCUGAACUUCGAGUUUGAUCUUGUAUUCACAUCCAUCCUUAAUCGCUCCAUCCACACAGCCUGGCUGAUCCUGGAAGAGCUGGGGCAGGAGUGGGUUCCUGUAGAAAGCUCCUGGCGUCUAAAUGAGCGUCACUACGGAGCCCUGAUCGGUCUCAACAGGGAGCAGAUGGCUUUGAAUCAUGGCGAGGAACAAGUGAGGCUGUGGAGAAGAAGCUAUAACGUGACCCCGCCGCCCAUUGACGAGACCCAUCCUUAUUACCACGAGAUCUACAACGACCGGAGGUAUAAAGUGUGCGAUGUGCCUGUGGAUCGACUGCCCCGAGCCGAAAGCCUAAAGGAUGUGCUGGAGAGACUCCUUCCCUAUUGGAAUGAAAGGAUUGCUCCUGAAGUGUUAAGUGGUAAAACCAUUCUGAUAUCUGCACAUGGGAAUAGCAGCAGGGCACUCCUGAAACAUCUGGAAGGUAUCUCAGAUGAAGACAUUAUCAACAUUACUCUUCCUACUGGAGUCCCCAUUCUCCUGGAACUGGACGAGAACCUGCAUGCUGUUGGGCCUCACCAGUUCCUGGGUGACCAAGAAGCUAUCCAGGCAGCCAUUAAGAAAGUAGACGAUCAAGGAAAAGUAAAACGAGCUGACAAAUAAAGUCUUUCCCAAGUGCGGGCUCUGAAUAGCUGCAGAAGGAGUAGCAUGCAGUGUGUUAUGGGUGCUGAUCUCUUUUUUUUUUCCCCUCUGAUUUU